AUGGACGCCGAGCAACUAAAGUCCUUGAUUGAAGCUAUGUCGAAUAUGACGAUGGCCUUGCAAAAUCAACAGGAACAUCGAACGGCAAAUAUAAUCAUAAUUUCAAACUUCGACCCAUUCAAGCCCAAGGUUGAACAAUUCAAUAAUUAUAAAGAACUAACAGAGUUAAUGAACAAAUAUUCCACUAUUUUUGAACAAAGAGUGGGAUGCAUUCCAGAUGUUGUUUGUUCACUUAAGCUGAAAGAAAAAACUAAACCAAUUUACGUAAGGCAAAGAGAAGUUCCAUUUGCACUGCGUGAGAAAGUUGAAAAAGAAUUAGAUGAUCUAGAAAAAGAUGUAAUAAUUUCAAAAGUAAAUCCAAGCGAUUGGGGUUCACCAUUGGUGAUAAUUCCAAAACCCGAUGUCGAUGAAGAGAGCAAGCAAGUACAAACUAUAUCAACACACAGAGGCACGUAUCGAAUGAACCGUUUAUCUUUUGGCAUCAAAACAGCUCCCAGUGAAUUCAAUAGAAUACUUGACCAAAUACUUCAAGGAUUAGAAGUUACUGAAUGCAAAGAACGAUUUAUUAAAUGUUUCGAAAAAUUACAAAAGUACGAUUUACAUGUAAACAAAAAUAAAUGUGAAUUUUUCAAACAAGAAAUUCGAUAUUUAGGUUAUGUUAUACGUAAAAAUGGAAUUCUUAAGUCACCAGAUAAAGUUCAAGCUAUUAAAGAUUUGUCACGACCCAAAAACUCAGAUGAAUGGUCAAAUUCGUGUGAAUUAGCAUUUAUUAAACUCAAAGAGCAUAUUAUGAGGAAUCGUGAAUUAACUCCGUAUGAUCCACAGUUACAGACUACUUUAGCAUGUGAUGCGAGUCCUGUUGGUAUAGCAGCAGUUUUGUCACAUAUUGAUCAGGGUGUGGAACGACCAAUUGCAUUUAUAUCUCGAUCACUAACACAGUCAGAACAAAAUUAUAGCCAACUGGACCGAGAAGCACUAGCAAUUGUUUUUGCCGUUGAUAAAUUUUACAUGUAUCUAUAUGGAAGAGAAUUUAUUUUGAUCACAGAUAACAAACCAUUAACAAGAAUUUUUCAUCAACAUUCAAAAAUCCCAGCAAUGACAUCAGCUAGACUUCUAAGGUAUGCUUCGUUCCUUCAAGACGACGAAAUCAAAGACCUUCAAGAUCAAAUUAUCAAUCAAAUAUCAACCGUGUCAAUAACAGCAACUUCUAUAGCGAAGGAAAUAGAAAAAGAUUUACAAUUAUCAAAACUUAAACAGGAUUUGCUUAAAGGCCAAAUAGAAAAUCCAGAUUAUUCUUUACAAGAUGGGGUUAUUUUUAAAGGAAAUCGUGUCGUUAUUCCAAAAACUCUUCAAGACGAAGUCCGUACUCUUAUCGGGAUUGUGAGAAUGAAACAACUGGCUCGUAAAUUUUGCUAUUGGAAUGGAAUAGACUCCAGCAUAGAAAAACUCGUCAGAUCUUGUGAAAAAUGUGCUCUUUACAAAAAUAGUCCUCCUCAGAUCACUACUCAUCAUUGGGAUGAACCAAAUGCUAAUUUCGACAGAGUACAUAUUGAUUACGCUGGUCCAUUCCAAUGUUAUAAUUUCUUCGUCCUUAUCGAUGCAAAAUCAAAGUGGCCAGAAAUCAAAGUUACAAAUUCAGCUCCUACACCAGAGGUAACUAUAAGAUUUCUUCAAGAUAUUGUAGCAACACAUGGUCUACCGAAAGUCAUUGUAUCAGAUAACGCUUCGAUUUUUCAAAGCAAUGAAUUCAAAUUAUACUGUAAGGAAAAUGGUAUAAUACAAAAAUUUAUAGCGCCAGGACAUCCAGCCACAAACGGGUUAGCCGAAAGAUAUGUUAAAACAUUAAAAUCAAAAUUAAACGCUAUGUCAGAAGAAGAAGGCUCAAUACAUAACAAAGUACGUGAAGUAUUAUAUCGUUAUAGAGCAACACCUUUAUCAAAUGGUAAAAGUCCAGCACAACAAUAUCUUGGAAGAGAGAUGAGAAUCAAAUUAGAUUGCCUACGUCCUGUUAUAUAUGAAAAAUCUUCCAACGAAAAGGUCAUCUCAAUUCGGAAUUUAAGUGUGGGAGAUAGAGUUCAGUCAAGAUUUUACUCAAACGGAAAGCCAGCUUGGAAAUUUGGAGUUGUCAAAAAAAAGUUUGGUCAACUACACUAUGAAAUCGUGCUCGACAAUGGGUAUAAAACUUCUAUUCAAGGAGAUCAACCCAAAAGAAGUGAUCCAAGUAUAGACGAAAUUCAAAUUCGAUUUGAGCAAGUUAGAAGACAAGGUAUAGAGACAAUGAGCAUUCCUGAAAAUCGAAGACAUAUAGAGAUAGAACCGAGCAACAUAGAACCACCAAGCAACAUAGAACCAAACAACACAGAACCAAGCCACAUUCCUGUUCCGAUUCGAAGAACGAAUAGAAACCGACGGCGGCCAAGAUAUCUUCAAGAUUAUGAAUAA